GGAAGUGGCCGGCUAGAGCCGGGGCUGGGCGGGGACCGGGGGCGCUCGGUGAGGCGGUAGCGGCGGCGGCGGCGGCGGCGGCGGCGGCGGCAGCGGCGGCUCCUCGGCGGAAGGUGCAGACCGGGUCCGGGCGGCCAGGUCGCCGAGCCGGGAGGGCAGGGGAGGAGGGCUCGAGCCGCUGCGCUUGUGUGGAGGCGUGCGCCCUGCCCCCUCCCCCCUCACCCCGCUCCCUCUCCCCACCUCCCCGUCCCGGUCGGGGGACAGCCUCGCGGCUCCCUCCUUCCCUCCCUUCACCCCUCACCCGCCCUCUCUCCUUCCCCCACCCGGGGCAGCCCCCGCAGCCGCCGCCGCCAUGAUCCUGUUGGAGGUGAACAACCGUAUCAUCGAGGAGACACUCGCGCUCAAGUUCGAGAACGCGGCCGCCGGAAACAAACCAGAGGCAGUAGAAGUAACAUUUGCAGACUUUGAUGGAGUCCUUUAUCAUAUUUCAAAUCCCAAUGGAGACAAAACAAAAGUAAUGGUCAGUAUUUCUUUGAAAUUCUACAAGGAACUGCAAGCACAUGGAGCUGAUGAGUUGUUGAAGAGGGUAUACGGAAGUUUCUUGGUAAAUCCAGAAUCAGGAUACAAUGUCUCUUUGCUAUAUGACCUUGAGAACCUGCCUGCAUCAAAGGACUCCAUCGUGCAUCAGGCUGGAAUGUUGAAACGAAACUGUUUUGCCUCUGUCUUUGAGAAAUACUUCAAAUUCCAGGAAGAGGGAAAGGAGGGAGAAAACAGGGCAGUAAUCCAUUACAGAGAUGAUGAGACAAUGUAUGUUGAGUCUAAGAAGGAUCGAGUCACCGUUGUCUUUAGCACAGUAUUUAAGGACGAUGAUGAUGUGGUGAUUGGAAAGGUGUUCAUGCAGGAGUUCAAAGAAGGUCGCAGGGCUAGCCACACAGCUCCACAAGUCCUCUUCAGCCACAGGGAACCCCCUUUAGAGCUGAAAGACACAGAUGCCGCCGUGGGCGACAAUAUCGGCUAUAUCACUUUUGUGCUGUUCCCCCGCCAUACCAAUGCUAAUGCUAGAGACAACACCAUUAACUUGAUUCACACAUUCCGGGAUUACCUGCACUAUCACAUCAAAUGCUCUAAGGCCUAUAUUCACACAAGAAUGCGGGCAAAAACAUCUGACUUCCUCAAGGUGCUGAAUCGUGCACGCCCAGAUGCAGAGAAAAAGGAAAUGAAAACAAUCACGGGGAAGACAUUUUCAUCCCGUUAAACUCAUGGGAACAGAAGGAGUAGGAGGCUGACAACAGAAGGCUGGAGCACUUGCUACCGGAUAAUCGUAGCUUUUAAUGUUGCACCUCUCCAGAUUCUAAAGGAAUGCUCCCAUUUUGGUUCUAUUUUGUACACGUUUGGAAAAUAAUCUGCAGAAUCGAGCUGUGCUUGCAAGGACUUCAUAGUUCCCGAGAAUUUAAAAAAAAAAAAAAAGAAUUCCACUUUGAUCAAUUGAGUUCCUUUUCUUUAUCUCUCCCUCACCACCACCUCCUCCUCCCUUCUCUCACCCUCUUUCCAAGCUGUUUCGCUUUGCAAUACGUUACUGGUAAUGAGUUGCAGGAAAUACAAUAUUAACUUGUUUUUCUCCUAAGUAUUUGAGUUUAAAACUCCUGUAUCUAAAAAUACGGUUGGGGUCAUUAAUAAAGAAAAAUCUUUCUAUCUUAAACAAGAAGUUGGUGAAUUUCUGAUCUGAUUGCAAGGCAGAGGGCCCUGGGAAGGGGAGCCUAAUCCAAUGAAAAGAAUACUAGAUUUGAACUUAGAAACUGAUUCUCCAAAGACCGUAACAGACUGACUCUGUUGCUUGCGGUGAUUUUGGACAAGUCACUAAACCUCUCUGGGCCUCAAUUUCCUCCUCUAUAAAACAAGAGUGUUGGACUAAAACCUCUGGUGUCCCUUCCAGCUCUAAAGCUAUGGUUCUAGGAUGUUGGAUUUGAGGCCUAACUUGCCUUGAACCACUGGUGCCCCAGUGGGAAAUCUGCAAGCAUAAAAGAUACCUCAGGAACAUGUAUAUUACAUAUGAUAGGGAAAGGUAGUUAGCUAAUAAAGCUAUUGAGAGUAAUCUUAGAGCAGGGUUAGGGA